AUGGGGUGUCUGGGUAUCUGCCAGGCUGGUGCCUACUCGUUUCAUGUGCUGUGCUGCCUCCUGCUCACUUACCUCCUCAAUCAACUGGACCGCUACGUCCUGGCCAUUGUAAUCCAGCCUCUAGCCCAAGACAUUCAGUUUGGAGAAAGGAGUUGUCUCUCCAGAGAGAGUGCAGAGCAGAGUGGAGCACAAUGUCGCAAUGCUAGCACCCAAGACAGCUGCCUGUCUCUCCUGAAUGAGAACAAGACGCGAUAUUGUCAGUGGGACUAUGAUGGAUCCGGAUGGGAAUAUCAAGUCAUUGCUGGUCCUGUCUUCAUUCUCGUUUUCACCUUCACAGGGAUUUUCAUUGGAUUUGUGGCUGAUUCUGUGAAUCGGAAGAAUUUCCUAUCAGCCAGCCUGUUCCUCUGGAGUCUCAUGACACUGCUGAUGGGAUUUGCCAAACAUUACUGGCAGUUGGCGAUUCUGCGUUUUGGCCAAGGGAUCAGUGAGGCUGGGUGUACACCAUUCGCAGUCAGCCUGAUCAUGGACUAUUUCCCAAAGGAGGCGCGAGGCUCGGCCAUGGGAUUCUAUAACUGGGGCAUCUACGCUGGCUACAGUCUCUCAUACGCUGUUGGUAACUAUGUUACCAGGGCCAACAUCUUGGGGCAGGGGUGGAGAUGGGCCUUCAUUCUCAGCGCUAUCCCAGGAUUCGUUGUUAGCGCCAUUGUGCUGCUGACAGUUCGCGAAACCCCAUCUAUGAAGACAGAUGAUGAUGAGAUGGAAACCGCAGUAAGCCACAGGCUGACCACUGGACAGAAAGUGCUGCAGGGCCUGCGACCAUUCAUCAGACCCUCACUUCUACUCCUGUGUGUCGCUGGGUCUGUCAGGAAUGCAGGAGGUUAUGUUUGGGCCUACAAUACCCAACUGUAUUUCAAUCUGUACCACAGUGGUGUGGAUGUCGGACGCUGGUUGUCAUGGAUACCUCUGGUCGGAGGCUGUCUUGGGGCUCUAGCUGGAGGGUUUAUUUCGGAUCAUUUGGUGAAAAGAAGUGGAUUGUACGCCCGUGUCUGGGUGUUGGUCUUCAGUCAGGUGUUGGCUGCGCCCUUUGUGGCUGGAGCUCUCUGGCUGAAUCCUCCAUACUGCUUUCUGUCAUUAAUUCCAGCCAAUAUAUUGGGUGAGAUGGGGAUUGGAGUCACCUUAACCAUCAUCGUUGAGCUGGUUGCACCCUCAAUUCGCACUCCUGCUGUGGCCAUUUACAUCUUCAUCAUUUCCAAUGUUGCAGGCAAUGCCCCAUUGCUGGUGACACCACUAACCACAGUGUGGGGUCUCCGAGUUGCUCUGUUUGUGCUCUGCCCUUGCAUGUACAUCGCUGGGUCUGUGCUCUACUUGCUGACCCUGUGUGUGAUGCGCUGGGAUCAGAAGCUGGCCUCUGCUGAGGAAUCGCGCCCGCUGCUGGGGUCUGACAGUUUGCUGCCGGGAGACCGAUUAACACGAGCGUGGGAGUCUCGGAAAUACAGCUGAGACCCUGACUGAGAGUGAUGCCUGUGGGGUAGGGUCUGGCCUCUGAUAGACCCUAUCUGGGUGAUUCUGAUGAAAGAAGCUGUUGGACAGUGAGCUGCAGAGUCAAGUGUUAUCAAGGGUGAUGUAAAUUAAUUCAAUGCAAACAUCACGAGCACAGAUUGUUGUUAUUAAAAUGAAAUGCAGGAAAUGGCUGACACUCCAUUUUCCAUUUAAAUUAUUUCUUGUUUUAGUGAUUUCCGUACUUGGAUCCCUGACCCUCUCAGUUGCCCCACAGUUCAUUGCUUCUUGGGUUUCUCACACGACUUUUCCCAGAUGACACAUUGUUCCUAAAGCUGCUGUGACUCCUCUGACCACAGACUGUGUCACUGUGUCUGUCGCCUGUUAUAGACUCUCAUUAAAACCUCACUUGUUCUCUU